AUGGCAUUCGCACCCCGUGGCAGAGGAGGUCCUCCUAGAGGUGGACGCGGUGGCGCUCCAGGCGGCCGUGGCGGCCGUGGUGGUUUUGGAGGUCGUGGCGGCGGUGCUCCCAGAGGUAGAGGAGGUCCUGCGCGUGGGCGCGGCGGUCCUAGAGGUGGACGUGGUGCUCGUGGCGGUGGACGUGGAGGUGCCCGAGGUGGUGCCAAGGGCGGUCAGAAGGUUGUUGUCGAGCCUCACCGUCAUGCCGGUAUCUUCGUCGCUCGUGGAGCCAAGGAGGAUUUGCUUGUCACCAAGAACUUGACCCCUGGAGACUCUGUUUACGGCGAGAAGCGCAUUGCCGUCGAGGCCCCUGCUGAGGAUGAUGGCCCUGCUGUGAAAACCGAAUACCGUGUCUGGAAUCCUUUCAGGAGUAAGCUUGCCGCUGGUGUCCUCGGUGGUCUUGAUAAGAUCUACAUGAAGCCGGGAUCGAAGGUUCUUUACUUGGGUGCUGCCUCCGGUACUAGUGUCUCCCAUGUGGCAGAUUUGGUUGGCCCUACGGGAACUGUUUACGCCGUUGAAUUCUCUCACCGCUCCGGUCGUGACUUGAUUGGCAUGGCCACAAAACGCACAAACGUCAUCCCCAUUGUUGAGGAUGCUCGUCACCCGAUGAAAUACAGAUUGCUUGUCCCCAUGGUUGACGUUAUCUUCGCCGACGUUGCCCAGCCUGACCAAGCUCGUAUUGUGGGAUUGAAUGCGCACAUGUUCCUCAAGAACGAGGGUGGUGUCCUGAUCAGUAUUAAGGCCAGUUGUAUCGACAGUACGGCCAAGCCGGAGGUUGUCUUUGCCCAUGAAGUUGAGCGUCUACGAGCCGAGAAGAUCAAACCCAAAGAACAACUCACACUUGAACCCUUCGAACGUGACCACUGUAUCGUGGCUGGUCUUUACACACGCACGCAGUGA